AUGGCGCCCCACCUCAGCAAGAGGGAGCUCGACCUCUGCUUCUCGCUCUACGCCGCUGGGAAGACCCCGGUGGAGAUACGCGACCUCGUUAGUCGGACCCGUGAGUCCCUCGACGAGACUGGGCCGGAUUUGACGACCGUCCGCCGGGCCCUCCGGGGCGCCACGCACAGGCGUGGCCCAGCGGAGACUCGCGGCCGCAAGCCCGAGCUCACGGCCGUCAAGCUCCGCGCCUUGAACAACGCGCGGGUUCGUUUGAUUCGGGCGGCCAAGGGCGAGGCCGAGAUUCACCUCAAGGACGUGAUGAAGGCCGCGCGGGUCUCCGACGUCCACAAGGGCACGGCCUCCAGGCACUUCAAGCGCCUCGGGGUCACCUGGCGCGCUCCCCGCGCGGAGCCGCUCCGCGGCUCCGCGGAGGCGGAGGAGCGCGUGGCCGCGCGUUCGGGGUGGAAGCGGCUCCCGGGCAAUUAUUUCACGCACCAGGUCGAUGCCAUCAUCGACAAUAAGGUGCCCCCCAUCCCCAUGACCAAGCGGGCGAAGACGCACGCAAAGAAGAAUCGCGUUCGCGGCCACCUUCGCACCAAGGCAGAGGGGGUCCUCAAGCCUUUCACGAAGCCGAAGGGGAACCGGAACAGGGUGAACCCAGGCGCCAAGGUUCACGUGGCCGCAGCCAUCGUGAACAACAAGGUCCGCGUCUGGCACUACCUGCCCACCCUGUGGUGCGCCGACGCAGCCUGCGAUUUCUACGCGGGCGUCCUCGCUCCCGCGCUUCGCCGUUGCCGGAAGGGGCGCCGCGCCUUCCGCAUCCUGGAGGAUAACGACCCCACGGGGUACAAGAGCAAGAAGGCCGUUGACUGCAAGCGGCGGGGCCUCAAGAUCCCCCCCAUCAAGUUACCCAAGUAUUCCCCGGACUUGAACCCCCUCGACUACUUCCUCUGGGCGGAGGUCAACCGGCGAAUGGCAGAGCAGAGCGCGCCGGCCAACGAGUCUCAGAGCGCUUACAAGGCGCGCCUCAGGCGCGUCGCCAUGGGCAUCCCGAAGAGCGUCAUCAGGGCAGCCGUGGCUAAGAUGAAGACGAAGGCGGCGGAGGUCGUCGUGGCCGAGGGAGGCAGGAUCCCGAGCGAUUGA